AUUCCUUUUUGAAGUAAAAGCAUUUCUGCGAGCUUAAUACCUGCUUUGUGAAUGAGUUGAUUUCUAAAACCUUCUGAAUUGUUGAUGAGUCUGGGUAGUAUUCUUAAACAGUUGUCAGCUUACCGAUAUCCAACGCAUGUGGAACCGAAUCUUAUGAUAACCACUGGUCAGCGACAUUUUUUCAAGUGAUCCCUUUUUGAUCCGGCGCUACAUUUAGCCUCUUAUACCCAGCAAUAACUUCUAUUGUUAGUCAGGAUGAAUCGGAGAAAUAGGGAAAUACUACGGAGCGGUGUGUGGUGCACGAUGAUCGUAUUGUGCAUCGUAAGGACAUCCCAUGCUUCACCAACAAACUUUCCCUUUGCCGCACUACGCCGGCAACCAAGGAAUUUUAUCACUCCCUACUGGUUGAGUCCUUGUGGCGAAAGUGGAACCGUAACGGCCAGCAAACCUCUCAGUUUCCAGCCGAGUUCGUCUAAAAGCCUGAAACACCAUUAUUUGGCCAUUCGAAACUACGCGGAAGCCUUGGAUAAAUUGGUGCAGGCUUUGGAAACAAAAAAGAUGGGUGGCGAUCCAUAUCUUCCAAACCAAAUUAAGCAGUUCAAACUGGAUAAAUUUCCCCGGCCGCCUACAUUCAGUGACAACGUCGUGAGUGCUAUCGUUGGUCAAUCCCCGUCAACGCUCUUAGUGGAAGUCUACCGAUUACUGCAGAUUGUGGCCGUGCAUUUGAGUAGCACGGAAUCGGACGAAAUCGCCUUUGAAGGCCGCUACCAGGACGAUCUGGAUGAUUUACAACGCGGUCCCAGUGGCCUACAGGCCCUUAUGUGCUCGGUACGGCUGGGCAUGAAGCAUGCCGGGGUUGAUCCGGUCGACAACAGCGACGUACUGAAGACCAUUUACACAACGCCGAUUCGCGAUUAUUCCCAGCGAAAUCUCCGGGAUAUACUGCGCCUGGAUGGAACCAGUUAUAUUCUCGAAUAUGUUAAGACCGUCUUCAAUGAACUGUACGGGCAGUCGACGCAAAAGUAAAGGUCAACUCAUCGAUGGCCAUUUUCAUGGCAUUCACACUCGACCAAAGAAUCUCUCUCGGUAUACGAUGCAUUCAAUGUUCCAAAGAGAACGCGCGUCCGUCGCGUCCGUCAUACCUCUUCGCAAUGAAUCUCACUCGGUUUAGCUGGUUUGUGUUCAGCUGCUCGUCGUUUAUUGCUGUCAAAAGCAAGUCCAAAGAUUGCUGGUGAAGUUGUUGGGGUUUGGUAUUCCUGUUUGGAUUGUGAUAAAACCGAUGAAGUUGCUGCAGUGCACGGAUGUCUUUUAACUUAUUUAUUUAUUAAUGUUAUGGAUGUUUUUGUGUUCCGUUAUUUAUUGAACCGCACCUUUUUGUGGUAUUGUCAAAGUUUUUGAUACUCUUGAGAAAGUUUUUAAUUUUUUUAUAUUUAAACCUCCUGAUGUAAAUUUAUUUGUACAGUUGUGUACAAUUAUUUGUAUGAAACUCUGUAUUUUGGUUUUUGUAUGUGUUUUUGCAUGCUCACUCAUCGGGUAUAUUACCCGAGCUUUGUAUUGUCGAGAACGCAUUUCGGAGACAGAUGCACAAAUGCACCGGCUAUAUCAAUUAAAAUCCAAGAAAAACAUCG